AUGGGAAUAAUAUUGGCAAAAUUUCGGAAAGAAAAAUCCACACAGGAGGUCCUCGAGGAAUUACAAGGCAAAAUAGAUGAGUUGGAAGAUUUCACCUAUAACACACAGGAACAAAAGAAACGUAUUGUGGGCAAUUUUCUAGCCGUAUCGAUUGGCAUCUACAUUAUUGCAUUUGUUGUAUUCUAUUUUGUUUAUUUUCCACCUACAUGGAGGGAUCGUAUUAUAUAUUCAAUACCCUUGUUGCUGUUUCCCAUCAUUAUCAUACUCCUGCGUCAUUUAUUCUCCUGGUAUUACCAGAGAAAAUUAAAUAAGAACUCGAAAAAAUUAACUGCUUUAAGGGCAGAAAAGAAGAAGAUUCUCGAACAGGUUAUGGAUAAGGAGACCUAUAAAGUAGCGGUCAAUCUAUUGGCACGUUUUGCCGAUAAACCCAGUCGGACAACCUAUACCACAACAUCAAAUUUACGCACGCCAGCAAAAAUAUCGCUAUCAUCAACGUCAUCGGCUACAUUGAAUCGUUCCUUACCGGUGACAGCAAUGAAAACAACAACUACAACCCAAUUGGCAUUAACAUCAGCAUCAGCUCAAAAAACUCCAUUGGCUGGCAAUAAAUCUACACUUACAAAUAAUAGUCCUCGUACCGCUACCACAGCUCUAUCACCACUUUAUGGUAGUGCAGCUAAUCAAAGUGGCCAAUUGGUACGUCGUCGUACUCCCUUCCCGGUCGUCAAUCAAAAUGAAAAAGGUGUUUUUGAGAAAAUUGUCGAUGUUUUAAUCGGUGAUGGACCGGGUGAUCGUUUUGCCAUGAUCUGCAAGGAAUGUUAUGCUCAUAAUGGUAUGGCCUUGAAGGAGGACUUUGAAUAUACCACAUUUAGAUGUGCAUUCUGUAAUGCAUUGAAUCCGGCAAGAAAGUCAAGACCAGCAGCGCCACGUUUGACGCUCAAUGCAAAUGCACCGACUGCUGGUGCUGGUAAUGCUUCUAAUUCUUCGUCGGAUGAAAAAGAUGAUUCAGAUGAUGAUCUAUCUCCCAUUGCUGCAACACAAUUUACAACGCCAUUAACAUCAAUGACUGCACGUAAUGUCAAUGCCGUAGAUACUUCAUCAUCGUCUGAGGAUGAAGCUAGCCAACCAAAAACAGCCAACAAACCACCAGUGGUAGCAACCAAAACAGCAGAAGAGCAACAACAAAAUGUUGAUACGAAAAAUGAAGCUACCAUAAAGUCUGAUAAUUUAGAAAAGUCUGACUCGGCCAUAGAUGAUGUGACAAUGAGUCCGAUAGAAUAA